AUGAAUUAUUACUAUGAAGGUCGAGGUAUAGAUAGAAUAUCCGAGUUACCACGACACCUCACAGAUGAUAUAUUAAAUCAUAUGAGCAUCAAAGAAAUUGCAAGGAUGAGCGUGUUGUCACGAAAAUGGAACGGCAUAUGGUCUACACAUCCAACUAUCGUGCUAGAUCACCGGUUCCACGAGGAAAUAUAUUACCGAAAUCGAUCAUCAUCCUUAGACUUUUUUUACUUCAAAAAUAUUGUCAACAAAAUCAUCUUGCAACAUAGCGGCCCAAUUGUCAAGUUUGUCCUUGAUAUAUCAGGUAUUGGAUCAGAUGACGGGGACAUCAAUAGUUGGCUACGAUACGUCUCUAAUAGAGGUGUUAAGGAACUUAAAAUCGAAAAUUCAGUCCAAUCCACAUAUACUUUGCCAUAUUUCUUAUUCAAUUCUAAAGAACUGAGUCAUUUGGACAUCACCAAUUGUGCCUUCAAGAUGCCCCUUGCCUCUAAAUCAUUUCAGAAUCUUGUGAGGCUUGAUCUAAAGCAAAUCUGUUUUGAUCCAAAUUUGGUGUAUAUUGUCCUUGUGGCUCCACUGCUCUUGACCAUGUUGCUUACAGAUUGUAACGGUCUCCAGUACCUUAAUAUCUCCGCAUCGCGGCUACUUGGCUUGCACAUUGUUGAUAGUCAUUAUGUUGAUUUGAACAUCCUCAAAGCCUAUACUGAGCUGAAAGAGUUGACUAUUGUGUCAUUCGACAAAAUCCAGCACUAUGAAUUUUUGAGAAGGUUUACAUUGACUGAGAUUAUUUGUUCAUUUCCUAAAGUUAAACAGUUUUGCUUCAACAAUUCUUCAAGGUCAGAUUUCAGCAGUCAUUUGCUUACUCAAAGUGCUCUCCAAUUGCAUGCACUUGAAAUCGAGCAAGAAAUCCCAAAUCAUGUUGAGCAAAUCGAGAUGGACGCAGUUACAGAGUAUCUGACAACAUCUGACUAUAUAGAAAAAGAUCUUAUCGCACUUCGAAAGAUAAAGUUGGAAGGUUCUGUGAACAUCACCCAUGAACUAUCUUUUCAUGAAGCUUAUGCUAGCUUACUGUCCUUCACUUGUAGAGUGAUGAAGUUCCCCCAAGCUUCACCAAAUGUCACUGUAGAUCUUGAUCAAGAAUAG